UCUCUUUUCUGUUUACGUUUCCGCCUGCAUUUUUCCAUCCGCGCCGUCACGAAUAACGAGCAAAUGUGCGGUUCACUUGAAAUUAGGGAUCCCCAAUGUACACGCGCAUGCGCAGGAACGCAACUUUUUGUCUCGGCUUAACAGCGGCUUGCCAGCCAGUCGUCCGCCUGUGGAGACCGUGUUGAGGAUGAUGUUAUUCAUUGCGUGUGAGGGUCGACGACGACGACGACGUUUCGUAGUACGGCGGCACCCGUCGACGAUGUCUUGUCUACGUAGCACCGCGAAAUACUUCAUUUUCGCGUAACGCGAGUUGAGAAAACGUAGAAGUGACGAAAUAUACCGCGCAACACCAACAUCUCUUGACAAAAUCCAUGCGUUUCUUAUAGCUAUGGCUUCAGUGAAGGUAGCCGUGAGAGUUCGUCCCUUUAACAAAAGGGAGUUGGCGAUGAACGCAAAAAUGAUUGUACAAAUGGAUGGCAGAAAAACAAGGAUUUUCAACACUAAGACACCGGGUAGCUGCAGAGAAAUUGAUAGAGAGAAAUAUAAAGACUUUACGUUUGAUCACUCUUACUGGUCCUGCGACGCAAACGAUGACAACUACGCAUCCCAGGAAGAGGUUUUUUAUGAUCUUGGUACGGACGUAAUAGAAAGUGCCUUCGAGGGCUACAAUGCCUGCGUCUUUGCCUACGGCCAAACAGGGUCUGGAAAGACCUUUACCAUGAUGGGCACACCGGAAGCUCAAGGACUGAUACCACGGAUUUGUAAGACGCUGUUUGCCAGAAUGGCAGCUGGUAAAGAGAGCGGAGCGUCAUAUAGAACUGAAGUAUCAUUCUUGGAGAUACACAACGAAAGAGUGAGGGAUCUAUUGAGACUGGACCAGUCACAGUCUCAUUCUCUUCGAGUGCGAGAACAUCCUAAAAGAGGGCCUUAUGUCCAAGACCUGUCGAGCCACCUUGUCUAUGAUUAUUCAGACAUUCAGGAAUGCAUGGUCAGAGGUAAUACACAUCGAACUACGGCAAGCACAAAUAUGAACGACGUGAGCAGCCGGAGUCACGCGAUUUUUACGAUCACAUUCGUGCAAGCUGGACUAUCCGAAGGCAAUAUGCCGUCAGAAACCGUUUCGAAGGUGCAUCUUGUCGACUUGGCUGGAAGCGAACGUGCAAAUGCAACGGGUGCGACAGGCCAGCGACUAAAAGAAGGUGCGCAUAUAAAUAAGUCACUGGUAACAUUAGGUUCUGUGAUAUCGGCGCUCUCGGAAGUUAGUUCCACAAGCGACACGUCUUCCUCUUCUAAGCGUGGUGUCUUCAUACCCUAUCGAGAUAGUGUACUGACGUGGUUAUUAAAGGACUCGCUUGGAGGUAACUCGAAGACGAUUAUGAUAGCCACUAUUAGUCCGGCCGAUUGUAAUUACGGCGAGACCCUCAGUACGCUCAGGUACGCUAACCGAGCGAAAAAUAUUAUUAAUAAACCCACUAUUAACGAAGAUCCGAACGUGAAAUUGAUCAGGGAACUCAGAGAAGAGAUACAAAAAUUGAAGUCUCUUAUUGGGAAGGAUAUGAGCGUUGAAAGGCCACCGCAAGUAUUGUUAGCUCAGAUUCAUGAGAAACAGGAGCAAGAGAAAGUAUUGACGGAAGAAUGGACGGAAAAGUGGCGAGAAACGCAGCAGAUUCUCCAAGAGCAGAAAGCGUUAGGUCUUCGAAAAAGCGGCGUUGGUGUAGUUCUAGAUUCAGAGAUGCCACAUUUAGUGGGUAUCGAUGAUGACCUUCUUAGCACUGGUGUUACACUUUAUCAUCUGAAAGAGGGUAGAACGUUAGUGGGAACGGAAGAAGCACCAACCACACAGGAUAUUGUAUUGACUGGUGCGGAUGUCGAGCCAGAACACUGUGUGGUGGAGCUAGACAGUGGGGUUGCAACUCUUCAUCCCCUUUCUCCUCACUGCUGGAUCAACACCGCUCAAGUAGAUAAGCCAACGCGGCUGUCACAAGGCUGUAUUAUUCUUCUUGGCCGGAACAAUAUGUUCCGAUAUAACGAUCCAGCUGAAGCGGCGAAACUAAGAAAGGAAGGUGGAACGAGUAACGGUAAUUUACAAUCCACGGUCGUCAAUCUUUCAAGAUUGUCUCUCUUGAGUUGGAGUGUCUCGGAUUUGCAUGCUUCGUCCUCUAGCGAUAACCUUUUAAAUUCGAGCGAAGAUCUUCGAACGCUUGAAGAACUGGAACAACAAAAAGCAGCCCUUAUCAAAGAAAAAGAAGACUUCAAGAGGGAGCAGGAAGAACGAGAAGAAAGGUGGGCCGCGAGAAGAGAGGCUCUAGAAGGAGCGCAGCGCGAAUUGGAACGUGAAUGGGGUGCCCAAUGGAAAGAAUGGGCUGACGCCAUAGCGGCUCUGGAAUCUCGGCAACGCGAGUUACGCACGAGACGUCACAUCCUGGAGCAAGAGCGACGGGACGAAAUGACGCAAACGGACGACGGUGCUGGUAGCGAUGGCAGCUUGCCAGAAUCCUGGUCGAGCUUGAACGAUGAUAAAUGCGUUGACGCGGUGAGAGAGCUUGUUAAUCAUCAUAAGAAAGAAUUGGCUGUGUUGGAGACUGAGCUACAGAACAAGGUGAAAUCCCUUAAUGAGCACCAGAGCAAGGUAGACAAGAUGGAAGAGGAAUUGAUGGAGAUAGCUAAAAAGCAAAAGCAUAUGUUUAAUCUCGAGUUUCAAGAAGAAGGAAACACAGAGAAGAAGUUGUUGCUGGCGAAGCGGAGCCAGGAACAGUUGCAGGAGAUCCUGAGAAGAAAACAAAGUCUUUCAUUAAACUUGAAGCGUGCGUUGCCUGCUUCACCAGGUGAUUGUUCCUUGAGCGGCGACGAAAUUCUUCACAAUGGAGAUAUUGAAUCGUUGCAGGGAUGCAAUAGAAAACUUCAGAUAGCUUCUGCCUUGAGUCUACUGCCACAAAAUAUUCCAAGUUCUAUAGACACAGCGGAUACUUUUCAUACAGCUGCUGCUGACUCGCCUGAACCUAGAAUGCUGUUUGAAAAUUCGGAAACAAAAGAAUCUCAGACAUUACCAAGUGAUAAACAAAGAGAACCUAACAAGCAGCAGAAAUCUUCCCCAGAAGUCCACUUAGAGAAUGAUAGAGCUAAAUUGUGUGAAGUUGAAAGCAGAAGUUUGUUGAACUUAAAUAGAAAGUCUUCAAUAGAUACGAUCAUCAAGUCAGAAAAGUGCAAUGGCAGCAUUAACAGUGAGAAAACAGAAUCAAAGUCUCCAACGAAUUCUAUUACGGAGGAGGAUAUUCCUGAAGAUUCGCUGGAGUCACCUGUGCAGCAGAAUCCAGCGAUGAAACGAUUGAACCAAAGAAUCGCUCGUCAACGAAUGAUGGUGAUGAGGUGCCUAGAGGCCAGCACACCCUCGAAAGAAGAUCUAAAUAGACAAAUUUCGAUCUUACAAGAUCUUCAAAAGCAGCAAAUUGAAUUAGAAGUAUCGCUUUUAGAAGACGAACGAAAGAAUCUCAAACAACAAACACAAUGUGAUGAUAGAUUGGCAGUUGGUGAUGCGAAUGAUCCUGCACAAACAGUAGAAACAAUGUCGUGCCGUGAUGUAGAGUCCACGACUAGCUCAGCCACGUUGCUGGCCGUGGCCACAACGCGAUCUCCAAUUCUCAGGAACCACAGGCCUAAUAUCAAUGGCGAGGAGAACUUGUCAGAAUCGGUAGCGCCUCGAAUAUCAGCGGGAAGAGGAUAUUCAACAGUAUAUUUAACGAGUCAAAAUCGAGGUGAUCGUUUGAGUAGUCCAUAUUCCCUGACAAUCACGAGGUCUUUGCCAUCUUUGAUAGCAAAUGACGCCGACUACGACAGUGUGAUUAACAUGAUCGUUAGUAUACCUUCCUACGUGAUACGCGGAGCUGGCACGUCCAGUCACUAUGAAUACGAGGUACGCGUAGUAGCGCAGGACGAUAGCUGGACGCUUUUACGUAGAUACAGAAGAUUUCGAGAAUUGUAUAUUUCUAUGAGACAAAAGUAUGGUAGCAAGGUAGCGGCAAUACGCUUCCCACCUCGACAAGUUUUUCCAAGGUAUGAAGUUGUGGCACGGCAACGUAGAAAACGACUAGAGGAAUAUUUACGACGGUUGAUUCAAGUCUGCUCAGAAUUGCCGCACUGUGAACCUCUCUACAAGUACAACGGCAACUUAAGUAACAUAGAUAAGCAAUCGUUGCUGGAAUUUAGUUCGUUCUUCAGACGUGGAACGUUCGAAAGCAGCAAAUACGGAACAAGUUAAACAAUUAAAGAAAAAAGACCACACGCGAUUCUCCGAAAAUAGAAGAAUGAACAAAUUCGAGUGGACGCAUAAUAGAUAUUUAUAAUUCGUUACGUAUUUUUUAUAUCGAUGAACUGGAGAAAAGUUGAAGUGGGAAAAAUAUUAGCAAAGUAUAGUUACCACUCUUUGCAAUGAUUAUUAUGUAUUUGCCAAAAUACGUUUCCAAAAGUUUAUUGUUUAUAAGACUGAUAUAUAUAUCGUAUAUUUAAUAUUCGUUUUGUUCUUAGCAUUAGUAAAAGAAAAAAGAUAUUGUGAAAUUUCUAUUUAACGGGAAACGAAGAUCUGAUGUGUCUCGAAGCUAUUCUCGAGACGAGAUUUUAACUAUUCUCUGUUACGGGUUACGAAUAUUUUCCUAAUGUUUUUCUCCCGUUAAAAUUUUUGCAAUUUUCCAAGUGUACCUUUCUUCUUUCUCGAACGACAUUGUUGAUUUCAUUGAAUCUAAAAUCGCGUCUAUCACUAGUAAAAUGUAUAGCUAGUACCAGUAUUGUUACAAGAUACGCACGAUAUAAAGGAUAAUUUGCUGUGCGCACAACCACGGUGACCAUGAUCGAGCGUUUAUACUCGUGAUAAUAAUUAGAUUUCAUAAAUGAUCGCGUUUAUUUUUUCGUCGAACAGCGUCUUUUACACAUCGUCGGGACUGAAAAUUUACUGGAUCUUAAAAGAAGCAAAAAAAAAAAAGAAAAUAAGAAGAAAAAAAUAAAAAAAUAUCGAACUUCCUCUUAAUAGGUAGUUAUAAACUUACUGAAUUAUAAUUUUACGAAGUGCAAAUGAUAUCAUAUCGCUGUUGAAGUUCUUCCGGUUUCGGGAAUUUAUAUAUAAUAUAUAUUGUAUAUGUAUACACUGCGUUUCGCGGAAAAGUUUGUAAAGAAAAAAGAAAAAGAAACAGCGAUGUUAAAGUUGACUUGAAAUCGUUAUGCAAUGCUUAUGGCAAUGAGAGAAUUGUUAGUAAAUGCUAACUUUGAUAUUAUCGAUUAUUCUCGGCAAAAUGUUUAUCCGCUAUAUUUAUAAAACUGCUUCUCGAUGAAAGGAAAGAAAGAAAAUAUAUACGCUUUUCAAGCCCAAGAAUUCUCUAUUAUUAUAAUAAUAAAGAAAAAAAUCGCAUCUCUCCAUUACAUGGCCAGAUCAUUUUGCCUUGAAUUCUCUAAUAAGUAAAAAGAAUGUUAUUAAUGAAGCUUAUACUUAAACCCUUGUUGUUUAGUAUCGAAUGAAACUUAUAGCAAUACGUAUUGUCAUUGAAGUGGAUAAUCAAGUUCGUGACUGAUGAGCGAUACGUAUUCCAUGGCUGUGUAUAAACGGACUUUAAACCCCGAGGAAUUGUCCUGGACGGCUAGUGGUACUAGUAAUUUGUAGCCGCGAGGUCUGUACAUUUAGCAAAUUAUUUAGACAAACAUACCUCAUGUUUCAUACAGUUUCCGAGAAAAAGCAUGGAGAAAAAAAACCAUCAUCAACCGCUUUUUUAUACUCGAUCUAUGCGAUCUAUGUUCUCUAAAUGUAAAGACACACAAUAAAUUUGUCAUAGCUCAA